AUGGUUUCAAAAAUUUAUUUCCUUCUCGUUUUACUGUUGCUUUCAUCUUUUCACUUCACUUUUGAAUCAAAUAUUCUCGAGUCUAAUUUAAAAAAAAGAAACAUUUUAGUAAACAAAGGAAAUUUGAAUGUCUUUGAACAACAAGGUCUUGAUUUAAAGUUAAGGGAAGCGGAGAGUAAAAAAAUUCAAAUAACUAUUAACAAAGAUGGUAACUCUAAUUUCACAACCAUUGCCGAAGCUCUUAGUAGCAUCCAACCACAAAAUACUAGGAGAGUUAUUUUGUAUAUUGGGCCUGGUGUUUAUAGAGAGAAAAUUAUAAUUCCCGGAACAUUGCCUUUCAUAACUUUUGUUGGGGACGCAAAAGAUCUAACGACUAUCACCUGGAACGAUUCAAAUUCUACCAUUGGAAGUGAUGGCCGUCCGUUAGGGACGUUCAAUACUGCAACUGUUGCUGUGAAUGCCGACUAUUUUAUAGCAAUUAACAUGGCAUUUGAGAACACUGCUUCAUAUUCUGCAUCCAAGAUAGAACAGGCGGUUGCACUUCGUAUUUCUGGUAACAAAGCCGCUUUCUAUAAUUGCUCAUUCUUUGGAGUUCAAGACACUCUAUAUGAUCAUAAGGGUCUUCACUAUUUCAAAAAUUGUUUUAUACAAGGCUCUGUUGAUUUCAUCUUCGGUUUUGGAAGGUCCUUAUACGAGGAAUGCACUCUAAACUCAAUAGCCAAAAACAUAGGCUACAUCACAGCACAAAAGCGAUCAAGUUCAUCAUUGGAUACUGGUUUUUCUUUUAUUAAAGGUUUUGUAAAAGGUAGUGGACAAGUUUAUCUUGGAAGACCAUGGGGAGAAUAUUCAAGAGUCAUUUAUUCUUACACCAAUAUGAAAGAGAUUGUUCUUCCUAAAGGAUGGGAAGAUACUAUGAAUGGAACACACUACUCCAAUACAGUAUAUUAUGGAGAGUACAAGUGUAGCGGACCUGGAUCAAACUUUUUAGGAAGAGCUCCAUGGGCACGAAAUUUAACUGAUGAAGAGGUUCAACCAUUUAUUGGGAUUCAUUUUGUUGAAGGAGAAACUUGGCUCAUCAAUCCUAAUUAA